GUCCAUACAGACUUGUUUCGUGUGGCCGGAGACAACAAAUUAUCUGCACUCUUCUCUGGUCGCUGGGAGCCUCACCUGGAUGCCAGUGGCCAGUUUUUCGUGGAUUACUCUCCUGAAGUGUUCAUGCCUUUUGUUGAGUGGUUACGCGAACUGCGUGACACUCCAUCAGGUCAGACGCCUCCAUGUAUCGAAGUGGAAAGCAGGCAUCGCCGCGCAAUCAUCCGGAUGAUGGCUGCACUCACGAUUGAGGUGCGUUACCUUCGCAAUGCUGGGUUUUCAGUUGAAGAGUUACUGUCCUUGGGCUUUGAAGUCGGCUGUUGCCUCGCGGGUGGAUGCGCAGCGGGCGAGCUCUUCCGUGCCGGAGCCAGUAUCCAAUCAUUAAGGAAGGCUGGGGUACCGGCUUCAGAACUCAAAGAUGCAGUGGCGAUCAAAGAGCUGAGAUUGGCAGGGUAUACUGUCACUGAUUGCUUGCAAGCAGGAGACACAGUUGAAACACUGUUAGACAUCAAGUUGUUCACUUUGGCAGAGCUUCACGUGGCUGGAGUUACGGUGAAACGGCUGAUCGAUGCCGGAUGUGAUCUACCGACUCUGAAAAACCAAGGUUUCGGAGUCGGAGAUGUUUUGCAAGCAGGGGUCACAGUUGAAGUACUUCUUGCCACCAAGUCGUACACUUUGGUAGAGCUUCACGAGGCUGGAGUGACGGUGAAGCAACUGAUCGAUGCCGGAUGCGAUCUACCAAAAUUGAAACAGGCAGGUUUCGCAGUCAGAGAUGUUUUGCAAGCAGGGGCCACAGUGGAAGUACUUCUUGCCACCAAGUCGUACACUUUGGCAGAGCUUCGCGAAGCUGGAGUGACGGUGAGACAACUGAUCGAUGCCGGAUGCGAUCUACCAACUUUGAAAGAGGGAGGUGUUGGAAUCGGUGAUGUUUUGCAAGCAGGAGCCACAGUUGAGGUACUUCUUGCCACCAACACCUACACCUUGGCAGAGCUUCACGGAGCUGGUGUGGCGGUAAAACAACUGAUCCCGGAUGCGAUCUACCAACUUUGA